UCGUUAUCAUCACGCGCCGUCUUGGUGCAGGACAGGUAUAGGUUGCUGCACAGUUUCGAAAAGAAAGAGGAUUUGAGAAUCAGUAUAUCGGGCUCGAAGUGUCCAAGAUAACACGGCUUAUAUACAUCUGACAUGCUGCACCUAUAUACUGUUUGUGGCAAAUAGAUGUACAUAUAUAUACAUACAUAUAUAUAUGUAUAUAUAGAUAUUCAUAACAAGGUAUGUGUUGCGCUGCGACAUUAUGAAUAGCAGUUUAUUAAGCUGACGAGGCGAACUUCGAGCUGCAUCACAGCCUGCGCUCUCACAACCAGCACGCAUCAUUCAUAUACGCGUCGCGACGGACUCCCCAUAAAUGUAACUUUUUUUCCAACUGUAUCGAUUUUUUUCUGCUUCCGUUGAGGAUUCGAUGCACCAUACGUAGUGCUUCAAAAGUGUUAUUAUAUCAUUUUUCUGCGUCGAUUUUACUCAAAUUUCGCUUGCAAGCUUCGAGUGAAUCAUCGUUAUCUUUUACUCAUAUCCACCGUACACGAUACAUAUAUCAUCGUAGACGUGCGUUUUUGUACUGAAAAAAGUGAGUUUCCAAUUGUCACGAUGGAAGGUGGAUUUUCUUCUUAUCACAACGGUGGUCCUACGAGAGAGCAAGACUUUAGUAGAUUAGCCCAAAGUGUAACUACAUCAAUUUUGAAAAUAUCACAAAAUGUUUCUUCAAUGCAAAAAAUGGUUAACCAACUUGGUAGCUCUAGCGAUUCUCAAGAGCUACGCAAUCAUUUACAUCAGAUUCAACACUAUACUCAACAACUUGCUAAAGAUACCACUAGCCAUCUGAAAGAAUUGAGUUUAUUAGCAAAUUCCGGAUCCAUCAGCCCUGGAGAGCAGCGACAAAAUAAAAUGCAAAAGGAAAGACUUCAAGAUGAAUUUAUGGCAGCACUUAAUAAUUUCCAAACAGUCCAAAGGUUAGCUGCAUCUAAGGAAAAGGAUAUGGUAAAAAAGGCGAAGGCCAAUGUGGGAAUAGGAGUUUUUGGUGAAAAGAAAGUGGAAACACUCAUUGAAUUGCAAGAUAAUAGAAGUCAAAAACAGCUACAACAACAGCAACAACAAGAAGAACAAAACAUAAGAGUCUUAGAAGAGCAAGAAGCAAAUAUUCGUAAACUUGAAAGUGAUAUAUACACUGUGAAUGAAAUAUUCAAAGAGCUUGGAGCCCUUGUACAUGAACAAGCUGAAACUAUUGAUUCCAUUGAAGCAUCAGUAGAAAGAACUGAAGUAUUUGUUAAUGAAGGAUCUACUCAACUCAGACAAGCAUCAACUUACAAAAAUAAAUUACGAAAAAAGAAGUUUAUAUUAGUACUUAUUGGUGCCAUCAUUCUUUCUAUUUUAAUUGGUAUCAUUGCAUGGAAAGGCUCUUCUUCAUCCUAGAGUUAAUUCCACAAAGUUUAUACGAAAUCGAAGGUAAUUGCUAAUUAUUCAUAUGAAUCAUUGUAAUUAUUACAGUUGAAUACAACAAACUGAUUCUAAAGAGAAUGCAGAUUGUAUGUUAACAUAAUGGAAACUAUGUUGUUGAAAAUUUGUGAUCACAUGUAUGAAAUUAUCAAUUUAUAUUCUAUUUAUUGGCUAAAAUUAAAAAUUUUUAUGGUCUUUGAUAAAAAUUUUCCAUAA